AUUAGUUAUACAGACACCUGCUGUAAAUGGUUUCUCAUGUUGUCUCUGUUCUGUCCCUGCAGUGCAUCCUGAUCUUCACAGUGAUCCAGUACAAGCCCAUCACCUACAAUGAUUACGUGUUUCCCACCUGGUCUCUGUAUAUCGGCUUCUGCAUGGCCAUGUCCUCGGUGCUUUGCAUACCCAUUUAUGCCCUCUACAAGAUCUCAAGGUCCCCAGGAGCCACCUUCAGAGAGCGGUUGAAGUUCUCUUGCCGGCCACAUCCAAAGUGGGGCCCUGCACUGAGGGAGCACCGGACAGGCCGCUACGCCCCUCUGGCCUCCGAAGAAACUGUGGAGACUCGCCCCCUCAAGGAUAAGGAGGAGUUGAAUGAGGAGCCGAAGGAAGAGGCGAAGGAGGAGGAGACGGAGAGGAAGGAUGAUAUCAGCCUCACCAUCCAGGGAAGCAACGGCUCCACCAACACAACACACAACAGCCCCAACCCCAGCGCAUAGACGGCCCCCGUUCUGCCAGUGCUAUCCAGGGCAGCGACCCCCCAGUGCUCCACCAUCUCUUCCUUCUCCUCCAUCCUCACCCCACUUUCCCACAGUCCUCUGUGGGGGAGAUCCCAUUCGCUGGAGACCUUUACAUAUUGUAAGGGCUUAUUAUAUCUAUCCUAACCUCUUCUAUCCAUCUGUGUGUUGUCUCUAGAAAAAACGAAGAAGAACAAAAAAGACGAAAGGAAAAAAAUUGGGUGCGUGGGUGGGUUGUUAAUUUGUUACGCAUAAUUUAAUAAUGCAGUUUGUUUUUCCUUUCACUUUUUUUGUAAAACGUGUACAUCUUCAUAUGCAGUUAGAGGUACAGUACAAUUGUGACGCUGUUGGCUUUGUGCAUGCAGCAACAUAGAGACACACACUGUUCUCCUUUAUUCUGUUAGCCUUGUCUGUUUAGGAACUGGUGACUUUCUAGCAGCAGUGUUUUGACAGCUGGAGACUUGAAAUGUGAUACACAGUAGUGCUGUAAUAAAGAGAAGCAGGGUGAACCGUGCCUGAACUGGCCAUUUGCAGUUUGAUAAUGCGGCAAGAUGGGCAUCGGUCAGGAAAAGACGUGCAUACAUUCGUUCAUACCAGUACAUUCACACUAUUGUACAUUUUACAGCACACACUGACCUCAACCAUAGUUGAUCUCAGCUUAAGACUAAACAUGUUAUUUUAUGCUGCUGCUUCUUCAAAAAGUUCUUACAGAGCACACAUAUUUAACACCUGAGAUGGCGACUUACACUGAAUUUCUGUGGAAAUGUCCUCCAUUUGUAACUUCUUUUUCCACUAAAGCUGCUUAAACUUUGUAAACUCAGCAGAGGAAUAUCAGUUAACAGUGCUGUAUUCUCUGCCUCUGCAUUCACACACACACACAAACGUUUUGGUUUCUUGUUGUUCCUUGCCUGUGGAACGCUUGACACCACUAAGGUGGCCUGUUAAAUAUAUGCGGACCGAAACCACUUAACUUGUCCCCGCUGUCUAAAAUCACCUAUACAUACACAUGAAACAUACAGAUGGAAAUCUGUUCAUAGGAGAGCCAUCUCUCCUUAGGUCUUCCAGGCAUUAUUUUUGAGUGAAAUGCAUCUUGGGAAUGUGAAGGAGGUACCGGGCUAGAGGACCGAGCUAGGUGUGUCGUAGUCUGUCUCUCCCAUAGGUCAUAACAAUCUGUCCCAUUAAGGCAUGUUACCAAAAACAUUACCUGAGUUACCUGCACAUGUUUUUGGCAACAUUAUAUAUAUACUGCAUAUCGCAGAAAUGCUGGUAUGGUGUCAGUCUAUUACAGUCAGUGGAACCUUUAAUGUAUUUACAGGUAUUUCUUUUAAAUCUCUGAAUCAAGCUGUGACUGGUUGAGAGACAAAAGACGGAGAGAGAUGUAGCUUUUUCCAGAAGAAUACAGAAUAAAAAAUCUUAAAUGAAUGAUGUAGAUUUAAAUGUAGCUGUAUAGUAUCGUUCUCUCAGUAAACAUCUCCUUUUUACCUCUCAUUAUUGUAAAGUAACUUAGUAAAUAAUUAUAAAGACAGCAUAUGUUUAUUUUGUACAAAAAACAUGUAAAACUACAGAAUCAUAAUUAACAGUGUUUACCAUUCCUCGUCUGUGACUUGAUUAAUUGUGGUUUUGUUGUGGAGGGACAGAGAGGGGGGUCUCUAUAGCAUGCACAAUUGGAUUGGUUUUGUAGUAGUGUGGUCGUAGAGGUUUCUGGCAGUCUAAAUACAGAACAAAUACGUGAGUUGUGCUUUUUGUCAUCUAGACAGCUGUGUGAAGAUCAUACAUUCCUUUGUCUUUUAGCUUUCCAGGCAGGGAGGAUUGUUUUGGAUUGCAUCAGGUCUGGCUGUAAUGUUCCUUCACGUCUGGAGAACUACGGGGCUACAAUAACAGUAUUCGCAUGUGUGUCAUAAAACACAAAUUGUAUGUUGUAAACAACAUAUUUAUGGGUAGAGAGACUUAAAGGAGUAUAAUACUAUUUUUAAAUGUAUUGCUGAGAGUUAGAUGAGAAGAUUGAGAUACUACUUGCAUGUGUCUAUAGUACAGAUGAAGCUUCAGACAGCACCUGGCUAGCUUAGCUUAGCAUAACGACUUUAAAGAAUUUAUGCCAAGCUGAGCAGAUGUUAGCGCCAACUUCGUAUUUCAGAGAGGUAUUCAUUUAAUUUCCAAUUCUAAGAAGGAAAGCACAAAAGCAUAUUUGCCAUGAAUAAUUUCUGUAUGUUGAUGCUUAUUAGUAAUUUCAACAAUUUUCAGAAAUAAUGUUGCACAACUUCAGAUUAUAUCCGCACAUUCUUUGUUUUCUUUGACCACUAUUCCCCACAAUGAUUUACUUAGAAGUUUUGAUUACAUGACAGUGCACUUCCUGCUGUGAUCCACAAGAUGGGGUGAUGCUGACACUCAGGGUAGUACGCACAACAGAGGUGGAACUGUGAACUAAAAAUCAACACCAGAAAGUAUUACAUAUUAAGGACGCGAUGAAGGGUGGUCAAUGCUAAGCACAGUAGUUCAAAUAAAUCAUGAUAAGCACAGUGAGCUUCUGAAAAAGCACACAUUUCUACACAAGUUUUUAACAGGUUUGUUAAGAGAAACAUACAGUGCAAUCAAUGGCUGUUUCCAUAUAUGGAGAAUUGUAUCCUUGGUUGGUAAUUAGUUGUCUUUUUUUACAUUCUGGUGCUCUAUCAAACAAUACAUUCAACACCUACUAAUUUAAACAUAUUGCUUACUCCAAGUCAAAAUUCCAAUCUUAGGAGUGCUGGACUUUCUAGAUGAGGUUUUGUUUGCUGAAAAGGUCAAUACGAAGUUAUUAUUCUCAGUGCAUAUUGGGACAGCUUGCAGACCAUUUCCUGUUUUUACGGUUGCCUGUCUAGUGUUCAUGCUGUAGUAGGUGAGGCUUAGCCACCAUAGUUUCCAUGCUAUCGCUCUACAUACCCCUUACCAUUACUCCGCUGCCCCCCACAACUCUUCCUCCCUUUGUACAGUAAUGUAAAAAAUAUAUAAUCGGACUGUGUAUGUGUGUGUUCAUCUUUGCUUUUAUUUCGAGGGGGGGUAAGUUUGUUUUUGCGGGUUCGGGGAGGGCGGGUAAUGUUUAAUUUUGUUUUAUGAUUUGUAAUUUUUCUUGUAGUGUAACGUAGAAGAAGUCAGGUGUAUUGUGUACUCUGUGUAGUGGAUCUGCUCGUACUGCUGAGCCUGCAUGUAGAGCAGGAGUAGUGUAAGUGUUGAUGUCGAUGUACCUCUAACCCAUCAGAACUAGCCAAGUCUUAUUCUGCUAAUUAUAUAGUCUAUCUUUUAAGAAAAAUAAUUGUUGUACUAAAAGAAGAGAAAGAAAACUAUACAUUGUAUCUUCAGAUUUUAAUAAUUGUUUAUCCAAUGUUAAAUGUCAUUACUUUUUUGUUGUUUUUGAAGUAUUCAUUGAAAUGUUAAAGUAAGCCAGCUAAUAUUAAAAAAGCAUUUCCAAACUAAAUCUUUGGAUCGAAACUUGAACUACGAAAGAAUGGUUCGUUUUUAAGGUGAGCUCUGGUGUAGAUGGCGGCUGCAGCUACAUGCCGAUGCUUUUUUUAAAAGAACAAUAUCACAGGAACUACAUUGUACACAGUGCAGUGCCAACAGUCGUACAUUACUGUUUAAUAUUCAGUGGCCCUUAACUGAACUUUUUUUUGUCUAGCUGUUACAAUAUUUUUAAAUAUUAGCAAAAUCAAAACACCAAAAUUACUCAGCCUCUAACAUUGACUUAGCAUCAGGACCCAUUAACUCACAUUUUCAUUCUUGUGCAGCUCUGAAUUAUAAUAUCAGGACAUCAUUUUGUUUUAUGUGGACAUUUUAGACAAUUGUGUGCCAUCAGACAAGGGUAUAGUGACUAUUAUAUUUUGACUUAUUUCUCUUGUUGGUAAAGUAAACCUUCAGUUAUCUGGCUACUAAAAGAGAAGGACCAACUACGUCCUACAGGACACUUAAAAAAAGAGAUCAACACAAUUGAAAAUAGUUCAUAACUGAUCCAUGUCUUCAGAUACUAAUAUGCUAUUGCCUAUUGUCAUCUUACACUGAUGUUGAAGAACUACGUGAAGCAUUUGACCAUUUGUAUACACAAAUUCACUGCACAAGUGUUCUACUGUACUAAAGAACUGUGACUUCACCUUGUUUCUGUGGUUCUCUGUAAAUUACUGAACAUUACCUCUUGAAUUUCUUACUACUGCUCACAUAAACAUACCAUUAUGUUUCAGCACUUUAAAGAAGUCAUUCGUUUUUCGUCUAAGCAACAGGAAAAAAAACAUAAUUAGAAUAAUCGUUUGAAAAAAAGAAACCCAGUUGGGUAAAUAAUGUCUUACUUUCAGUGUUCUGUUUGAAAUAAACUGUGCUGGUGUCAGUGAACAAAUGCUGUGUUGUUGCUAUGCCAAUGUACAUUGUUUCAUGGGAGGAGUGGAGAGAAAAAGUGAGAAUAGAGAACAGUGGUAUCCUCUAUCAUAUAUAUCUGUCAAUCUAACGAUGUCUGUUCUUCAACCUUUAGGGCCAAAAUCCAUUGAAAUGUCUUAGUCCUGUCAGCUGUAUAUCGUAAAUUGUUGAAUUACAAAAUGCUAAAUAAAAUCUAUUUUAAAGAUCA